GCUGCUGCCGCCGCCUUCGCGGCCUGUGGAAGGCCCGCUCUCUCUCCGCCGCCGCCAUGUACCCGACGUGGGGCAUGUACGGGGCGGCCCCGGGGCCUUACCCGCCGCCCGGCAUGAUGCCGCCGCCGCCUCCCGCCAUGCCGGGCCCUCCGCCGGCCGUCCUGCCGCCUCCCACGGCCCUGAGCGGCUACGGCGGGCCCUCGGCGGCGCCCUCCUCGGCGGGGGGCUUCCUCAGCUUCCAGGAGCAGCACUUGGUCCAGCUGCAGCAGCUCCAGCAGAUGCACCAGAAACAGCUGCAGUCGGUGCUGCUGGGCGGGGGGCCCGCUCCGCCCGGGGGCCCUCCUCCGAGCCUGCCGCCUCCGCUGCCCACCUCGCCGUGGCCUAACGCCCCGCCGCCUCCGCCGCCGCCGGCGCGGAGCUACCAGCAGCAGUUCCAGCACCGCGAGCCGGCCUUCCGCAAUGCCGCGCCGGAGGAGGCCUCCGAGCCGGCCCAGGCGCCCGAGGCGUGGAAGGGCCCCGCCAGCAGCCUGGAGAUGGACAUGGACCUCUCUUCCUCGCCGCCGCCCCCCGGCGGAGCUGCCCCUUACGCGGCCGGGCCCGCGCAGAGCCAGGCCUCGCCUCAGGCUUACCUGCCUCACGCGCAGGCCGCCGCCUCCUCCUCCUCGUCGUCGCAGGCCUUCCCGGACCCCGUGCCCCCCGUGGCUUCUGCUGCGCCUCCCGCCGCCUGCCAGGCUUACCAGCCCGCCUCCCAGCUGCCGCCCCAGCCCCCCAAGCCCGAGUCUUGCUUGCCCGAGUCGGGGAAAGGCCCCGACUUAGAGGUUAGAGGGGACCUGCAGCAAAGCGCCCCCAAAACAGACGUCUCCUCCAUGAAUCUCCAGGAACAGCAGCAGUAUUGGUAUCAACAACAUCUGCUUACUCUGCAGCAGAGGGCAAAAACACAUGCAUUGGGACAGCAGCUGCCAUCAGUUUUGGGAGCUGUAAAAGAUGCCCCUGAGCAGAGACAAGAAGAAAAGGGAGUUCCUAUUUCUGAUGAACUUUCUGAGUCUGCUUUGCAUUUUGAAGCUAAAUUACCACAUCUCAAAGGUGGUGAUCCCCCUUUGUCAUCUGUUGAGGCAAAGUGCCCUCAGCUGAGCCUUGAGCCACCAGUGGAUCCGGAGGAAAGUUUGAGAUUGCAGCAGUUGCAAAUGGCAGCAACACAGUGGCAGCAGCAUCCACAGCAGCGAGUGGGUUUUCAGUAUCAGAGAAUCAUGCAAAAGCAUGCUCAGCUGCAACAAAUUCUGCAGCACUAUCAGCAGAUCAUGCAGCACCCACCACAUUUGCCUACUCUCUCAGUGGAGAUGCAACUGCAGCACUUUGAGACUCAGAAUAAACAAUUCCAACCACUUUACAAAGAGUGGGAACGUGAAUUUCAGCAAUGGCAGGAUCAUCUUCAGACCUAUCCUCACAAAGAUCAGCUUUAUGAGUGUGAGAAACAGUGGAUGAUGUGGCAGGGCCAGAUGAAAGCUACUCAUAUUCACCUUCAAGAAAAAGUGAAGUCUCUUCGAAACAUGAACAGUCAAUAUGCUAGCAGUGGAACUUUGCCACUCCUAUAUCCACCAUAUCCUCAAACAAUACAGAGUGGUAUGCCGAUGGCAUCAUCUACUUUGUCCUCAACUUCACUCCCUCUGUCCUCUACUGGAUUCUCUUCUGACCCACAGACAUCUGAUAUGCCUGUUUCAAAUGAUCCUAGCCUUCACAGCACCCAGGCCACUGAAACAAGGCCAACCAUGUUACCUACAGCAGGUUCUUCUAAAUUUAAAAGUACUGAAUCACUUCCCACUUCCCAGCCCACAGAGAUGGUUAGACCAGGUCUGCUUCCUACUCCUACCUCGUCUUAUGCAUACAAAGAAGCUGAGUUACCUGCCAGUACUCUUAACACAGAGGUAACUAGACCAACUCUUUUUCCUGCUCCUAGUUCUUGUGUUUCUAAUGCCAAUGAACCACUUCCUGCAUCCCAGAUGACAGAUGUGGCCAGGCUAGGUCUGCUUCCUACCCCUGCCUCCACUACAUUUAAUACAGCUGAGACUCCUAGCACCCCCCAGACUAUGGAGUCAAGCAGACCAGGUCUGCUCCCUACCCCUACAUAUACUUCUUUCCCCUAUAAAAAUAAUGAUUCAUCAGCCCCUUCCCAGUCAACUGAGGCAACCAGACCAGCUCUGCUUCCUACCCCUGCUUCUUUGUCAUUUAAAGCUUCUGAUUCACUUGCCAGUUCCCAGGCCUCUGAAACAGGCAGACCAGCUCUUCUCCCUACCCCUGGUCCCUUUUCUUAUAAAAAUACAGAUACAUCUUCCACUUUGGCUUGUCGCUCAAAUCUAACAUCAUCUGCUAGCUCUUCAGACCAAGGAAGUUCUUAUGCUCCUCUGGGUAAACAGCCCAUGUCAUUUGGUUCAUCUGAACCAACUUCUAUUGAAGUAAAAUCCCAUUCUAUAGUAUCAUCUGCAUCUACUACUACUACUACUGCAACCACCACAAUCACUUAUCAGAACAGACAAGUGAGAACAGCUGGGUUUUCUGAUUCUCCAAGAGGAUCAUACAAUGAAGGUCCAAGGAGCUCAAGGUUUGAUGGACCACGAGGAAGAGGUUUUGAGAGAUUUGACUCCCCAAGACAGAGAGUGCCUCAUGUUCAGGGCCAACGUUUAGAAGGUCCAUGGCCAAGGCUUCAAAAUCAGCAUAACGAUGGAUUAUCAGGCAAACAGGGGCCUAUCCCUCGGGGUCCGGCAGCAGCAUUUUAUAGUCCUUCAGGUGCAUCGCAAAUCCAGACCUCUCAAGCGGGUGGGCCACAUUGGAGAGGACCUAGACCUCCUCUGGGAAACCAGAAUCAUCACAGAGAAAGUAAAGAAUCUCUUACUGAAAUGGCAAGUGGUCAGACAGUGGCAAAUAAAUCUAAAUUUGCACCAGAUUCAAAAGUAUCUGGCCCAGGUCAGCCUGAUAAGGACUUUUCUACAGCACAACAAAAUCUAUCCAAAACAGAGUCUGAGGCAAUGCCAGAAACAAAAAUGCAAAAUUUAGCUGAAUCUGCAUCGCAAUCAGAAACUGCAAAGGCAUCUAGCUGUACAUCAACUGUUCUGCAUCAGCCAGUGAUAUCUUCACUUCCUCCAAAAUCCGAAGGGAAAAAACCAUUACUACAAUCACCAGUAAUAGGAAAUAAAGAUGUGAACUCUAUGGAAAAUAAAUUGGCUUCAGAAAACAAUCAGAGCAAGGAACAGUCCAAACUGGAGAACAGGGAGAGGGGGCAAGUUACACCAAGAGAUACUCAGGCAAAAGGGCCAGUUGGCAGAGGCAGGGGCCAGGGUAGAAUGGAAGAUACAAGAGGCAGGGGCCGAGGCCGCUUGGGAGAUGUCAGAGGCAGAGGAAUGUCAAAUAGAGGUAGAGGUCAGACUAGAGAUGUAGUUGGCAGAGAUGUAAGCAGUGGACUAGGAAACCAUGGCAGACUGUCAGAGGGCAGUUGGGAAUCUGAGAUGGUAGAGCAGCCUGGCAACCAAGAAAGGGCAUUGGGUAUGAGACCAAGCAGCCAGGAGACGGGGUUACCACCUCGGAUGGGCAACAAAGAGAGGGGCCGUGCAAGUAGCCUAGAAAGAGGUGCAGUCAGGCCCCCCAGCAGCCAGGAGAGAGGACUGGAUUGGCAGACUGGGAGCAGGGAGAUGGACCCAGUUCAUCAAGCUGGUAGCUGGGAGAGAGACCUAGUCAGAAGACCUAGUAGUCAGGAAAGAGAACUAGGGAGGAGGAGGAGGCCUGGUAAUUGGGAGAGGACUAUGUACAGAUAUGAUGGAGGUGAUAAUGAAAAUGUACCUCCGUUUUGUGAAGAACCAACUAGGCCUCCAUGGGCUUACAGAGAAUUUGGAAUGGAAGAAGGGCAUCCAUUAGAAUACAGAGAUAUUCCUCCCCCAGAGUGCAGGCGAUCAGAUGACUGGGACAGAGACAGAUACUGGCAUGAACAGGGGCAUGACCAGGGGUAUGAUGAUCCCCACGAUUCAUAUGAGAGAGAUGACUUAUUACCACACCGCCAUCCGUUGCCUCCCCUUUCACCUCUCCCCCCUCUGCCUCCUUUACCUCCCAUAUCUACUGAUGUAGAGAGACGAGAUCCACUUUGGGAUGACUGGGAACGGCCUGUGCAUAGAGACAGGGAGAUGGACAGAGAUCUUGAUCGGAUCAGAAGACCCAUGGAUGUGUAUGAUCAUAAAUUAGAAAGAGAUUGGGACAGAGAUUAUGUGAGACCGUUGGACAGAGAUGCACUGAGUCAUGAUCUGGAUAUACCUCCUCUCCCUCCAUUGCCUCCCCUUCCUCCUUUAGACAGAUAUCAUGAGGAUCGAUGGUUGGAUGAAAGAGAGAGAGAUUUCUAUGACAGAGAUCCUAGAGAAAGGGGAGAGCUAAGAAUUCGAGAGUAUCCAGAGAGACAUGAUAUGUGGAGAGAACAGCCUGACUUACCGCCUGACAGGGGUGAUUGGGAAAGGGAAAGGUUUUCAGAUAGGUGGUACCACGAUGAAAGGGACAGAUUCCCACCUUUAGAGGAUCAUAUGGAACCACCGCCUCUGCCACCACGGUCUGAAUUAUUGGGAGAAGAGCCAAAUGUAACCUCUGAGCAGCCAGUGGGAGGAGUAAUGGUCCUUAGUCAAAGACAGCAUGAAAUAAUUUUGAAAGCAGCUCAAGAGCUAAAAAUGAUACGGGAACAAAAGGAACAUAUGCACCACAUACAAGAAUACGUUCCUGAGUCCCAUAUGUCUGAAUUCUCACAGCAGGAAAUGGCUAUGUCACAGAAUACAGCUAGUAGAAAGGAUAAUUUUCUGAAGCCUACCCCAAGCCAGAUGCCAAUAACCAAGUCAGCUACUUCAAUGGCAAAGCCUUCUGGCCCAGUUAUGAUGCCAUCUAUUCCAACUACAAAAUCUCUCCAACAAGCCGCUCUACCAACACAGCCAAAUGCUCCAGUUCUCAUGUCAACUGCAGCACCUACACAUGUUGCAGGUCCUGCAAUAAAGUCAUCACCCGGCAGGAACCAGGAGCGUUGGGAUGAAGAUUCUUUCCAGGGACUUUGGGAUAUCAGUGAAGAUAAAGGUUUAAAAUUAGAGUAUGACACUUUUAGAUCAGGUCCCUCAUUGUCGUCCUCAACAAUCCCAGCAUCAGUUGCUCCAGGAAUGGCACAGUUUUCCAAGCCACCAGUUGUUCAUCAGACAGUUGAUUAUGGACAUGGACACAGUCAUGGCCAAGACAUUAGCACCAAUAAAGGCGGACAUAUUCCUUAUGGGGAACGAAUAACUCUACGUCCAGAACCUCCUCAUGAAAGACAGUCCUUUUCAAAAGAACAUCCAAGCCAACGAGAUCGAUACAUGAAGGAAAGAGAAAAUUAUUUUGAGCGGCAAAAUAAUACUUCAGAUCACAGAGAUUUCAGGAGAGAACGAGAACCAUUUAGGGAACGUAUUUCUGGAGAGCAUGAACGGGAAAGAUUUGACAAAGAACGCUAUCCACGAGAAGAUAGGCCAUCUCCUUCAAGAACUCAGUCUUACCGUGACAAAGACUAUUCAAACUCAAGGAAAGGAGGAUUUGAAAGGCAGCCAUAUGAGAGGAAACCUGAUCGUCCGCCUUAUGAUCAUGGGCAUUCCAUGUUUGGAGGUGACCGGAGAAAUUACCCUGAGGAUAGAAUGCCUCUUUCCACUCCACCAAUACCUCGACAGCCACCACCUGCCCCUCGUGUAGAAAAAAAACCAGAAUCUAAAAAUGUGGAUGAUAUACUGAAGCCACCUGGGCGGGAAAGUAGACCAGAGAGGAUUGUCAUUAUCAUGCGAGGAUUACCAGGCAGUGGAAAAACUCAUGUUGCAAAGCUCAUCAGGGAUAAGGAAGUAGAAUGUGGAGGAGCUGCUCCCAGAGUACUCAGCUUGGAUGAUUAUUUUAUUACUGAAGUAGAAAAAGAAGAGAGAGACCCUGAUACAAAGAAAAGAGUAAAAAAGAAGGUUUUGGAGUAUGAAUUUGAAGCUGAUAUGGAAGAAAUCUACCGUGCCAGCUUAUUCAAAACUUUCAAAAAAACUUUGGAUGAUGGAUUCUUUCCCUUUAUUAUUCUUGAUGCCAUUAACGAUCGAGUACGCCACUUCGAGCAAUUCUGGAGUGCUGCAAAAACAAAAGGAUUUGAGGUUUACUUGGCUGAAAUAACUGCCGACCACCAGACUUGUUGUAAGAGAAAUGUUCAUGGACGCAAACUCAAGGAAAUUAAUAAGAUGGCUGACCAUUGGGAGACAGCACCUCGUCAUAUGAUGCGUUUAGAUAUUCGCUCUUUACUACAAGAUGCUGCUAUUGAAGAGGUGGAAAUGGAAGAUUUUGAUGCCAACAUUGAAGAUCAGAAAGAAGAAAACAAAAAGGAUGCAGAAGAAGAAGAAAGUGAACUGGGUUACAUUCCGAAAAGCAAAUGGGAGAUGGAUACUUCCGAAGCAAAACUAGACAAAUUGGAUGGAUUACGAACUGGUGCUAAGAGAAAGCGUGAUUGGGAAGCAAUUGCUAGCAGAAUGGAAGAUUAUCUGCAACUUCCUGAUGAUUAUGAUACCCGUGCUUCGGAACCAGGAAAGAAGAGGGUGAGGUGGGCAGACCUUGAAGAGAAAAAGGAUGCAGACAGAAAAAGAGCUAUUGGCUUUGUUGUCGGACAAACCGAUUGGGAAAAAAUCACAGAUGAAACUGGUCAUUUUGCUGAAAGAGCCCUCAAUCGUACUAAAUACAUCUGAUGCAAUUGUCAAGUGGAAUUUUUCUUCAUUUAAGACCGUUUGCUUUGGUGAGAACUGAACACAAGGUGGCAUGGAAAAGGUCCCUAUCCAUCUUGAAAGUUGUGUACUUUUCUUUUAAAACUUUUACUUCGUUGGGUGCAUCCAUCUUCUUAACUGGUAUUGUCCAGGAUCCCCAAGUUAUAUGGAGUCUUCUUGCAACUAAAUGUGAAAGAAGGUUUUUAUGUUAAAAUUUGUAGUUUUAGCUUUUAUGCUUGCAGUAGAAUGGAAUGGUAAGGCCAAGAACAUUUUCUUCGCUGUAUUAUCACAGAAUGUCAGCAUUACGAUUGCAUUGUUGCUUUGUGGCUGUUGUUAUUUUAUACUGUACAAACUUUGUAGUUUAUUGUACUAGAAAAAAGAAUAAUAAAUUUUCACUAAGAAUUUAGUGAAUGAUACUGUC